AUGAACCAGCUGGCCUCAUGGCUCCGCAUUCGUCAACCUUCACCCAGCUUGAAGACUAGAUUUUACAUUCGCUUAGAUGGAUCCCAUGGCUUCGAAGUUGCCUAUAGACAGAUGAAGGAAUUUGUCGCAUCUGGUAGGUCCAGUGUGUACAAGACUCGACCAGCGAGUCACGCUCACGCUAAGACCGAAAGGGCAGUGGAGACUCGCAACGCAUGCAAGGAUGCGGUCAUGGCCACCACAUGGCGCCACAUAUUUCAAGGGUAG